AGGGGAGCCCAUUAUUUCCUCCCAACUGACAUUCUCUUUUCAUUAAACUAUCUGUCUAUUGGCAAAAAAAGUCUUCCCAAAUAUGUCGUCCAACCACGCCACUCUCGAUGCGGCGGCAGCAGAACGCAAAGCCCGCCUCGCAAAGCUCGCCGCGCUCAAAAGGAAACAGCCAGAGCCAGAGCCCCUAACAGAAUCUCAUACCCAAGACGACGAGCCGAAAGAUGCUUUCCCCAAUGUUACUACCAAAUAUCUCUCCGGAAGGAACUAUGAUGCCGAAACUCGUGGCCCGAAGUUAGGCUUUGAUCAGGCCCCCGCAGACGGACAGAUAACUGUGGAAGCACAAGCUGCCGAGAUCGCUAAGGCCACUGCAGAACGAGCUAAGAAGGAUGAAGAGGCGGAUCAACCAAUUGAUCUUUUCAAGCUUCAACCGAAGAAGCCCAAUUGGGAUUUAAAACGGGAUUUAGACGAGAAACUGAAUACUUUGAACGUGAGGACACAAAACGCAAUAGCAAGGCUGGUGCGACAGAGGAUAGAAAACGCACAUGUGGCUAAGGACAAAGGCACGGGUUCCACUACAGAACAGAACGGAGAGGAUGUAGGUAUAGAGGGUGAACUGUUGGUCGAAGGAAUACGUGUACGCGAGAGAGAAAAUGAAAAUGAACGGCGGGAAAUGGAGGAUGACGACCUGGCAUAAUUUUGAUACCCUAGAAAAGGUGUGAUUAUAAGUAAUUUACUAACGAUCUUUUGUUCCUUCUAAAUCUGGCUUUAAGGCGCUCGUUGUUGGGGUCUGGAAAUACGAAUCGAAAAGGCGUCGAGGGCAUUUUGCGGUCUAUUACUAUAUGGGCACCGAUACCAACUUAUAUAUGAUUCAUAUUAGUAUAAUACAGUAUCGUGGUGAUAGGAGC